UGGACAGAAAAAAGCCAGUAGGAGAAUUAACUUUUGAGGAAGGUCCUUGUAGUAGAAUGUUUUUUUAAAUACUGCAGAGUUUACUGUAAAUUUUAAACUAUAGCUAUGGAAAAAGGAGAAAAAAAGCCUGACUGUGGACCAUCAGAUGAUAAAGAAGCCAAUUGUUCUGCAUUGGUGAAUGAAAAAUUCGAUUCCGAACAGAUUUGGAAAGAGUUGCCUGAAGAAGUCAAAAGGGAUCUUGAGACCGACAAUAUUCCAAGAAGAUUCUAUUCUAGAAAAAGAUCCUUUGAGGAUGAUUCUUGGAUGGCAUCCCCUGGCGUGAAAAGGAGCUGCCUUAGUCCAGGAAACCAUGUUACAUGGGUAUCAACAGAUGGUGAGACAACUCUUAGUUCGAGUGAAAACAGUGAUCCAACUCCACCAGAAUUUAAAGAUGGUGAUGAGGACAAAGAUUUCACAGAAGACAGAUACCAAGGGUAUAAUUAUAUCUUGAAAAUUGCAGCAUUGAUAAUGAUUUGGGGAAUAUUUACGGCAAUUUUAAUAAUAAAAAGUGAACAUGGAGCAAACACAGUUCAUCAAAUUUCAGUACCUAGAGACGUAGGAAGAAGUUUCUGGAUACUUGAAAUGCCAAAAAUGAAGAGGUUGUCUGUUGAGAUAGGUGGUUCCCUUCUGCCAACUUAUUACGGUAACUUGUCAAGACAUUGGGCUUCAAUCUGGGUGGAAAUGGUUCGAACCAACUCUACCCUUUCUGAGAAACAUGUCACCUACAGCGAAAAGAUCAGUGAGAUCUGGAAAAUUCCCAUUGUGUCAGAAACCCUGAUCGAUUUUGUCCCCGAGGUCAAGAGGUCUUUUAUAUUCAACCUGAAGGACGUCAAAGAAAAGUUGAUCCCUGAUUGCAUCAUGAGGCUACAAAUCAGGACAAACUUGAAGAAAGUUUUUCCCAUGUCACUCUCAUACGACCUAUCCCCGAUUGAUCCGGGCGAUGGCAUUCUGUACGCAGUGGCUAUCCUCGUUGGACUUUACAUCCUAAUUAUUUUUGAAAUUGUACACAGAACGUUGGCUGCAGUCAUGGCUUCAACAAUGUCCAUAGCAGCUCUCGCGGCUUUUGAUGAGAGACCAUCCAAAUCCGAGCUUAUAACAUGGAUUGAUAUGGAAACUCUUCUACUAUUAUUUUCUAUGAUGGUCCUUGUUGCAAUAUUAUCAGAGACAGGCUUAUUUGAUUACCUAGCUGUUUUUGCUUAUAAGAUAGCUAAUGGAAGAGUAUGGGUUUUGAUCAACACACUAUGCAUUUUUACCGCAUUACUUUCUUCCUGUUUGGACAAUGUAACUACAGUCCUACUCAUGACACCUAUAACAAUAAGGUUGUGUGAAGUCAUGGAAUUAAACCCAGUGCCGAUAUUAAUGUCCAUGGUAAUAUACUCGAACAUCGGCGGAGCUAUUACGCCUGUAGGGGAUCCACCGAAUGUGAUUAUCGCUAGCAAUAAAGAUGUCAUCGAUGCUGGUGUUACUUUCGGAGUUUUUACACUUCACAUGGGCGUAGGACUUAUAUUUGUGAUGGUGGUUGUUCACUUCCAAUUGCGUUUCAUGUACAGAAAUAUGAAAGACUUGAAAUUUAAAGAACCACAUGAAGUUCAAGAAUUAAGGCAUGAGAUUGAAAUUUGGCAAAGGGCAGCUGGAUCUCUUUCAUUGUAUUCAAAAGAUGAGGAUCUCGUCAAAGAGACACUCCUGAAAAAAGUGAGAAGGCUUCUUUCUGAUCUGAAAAAGAAAGUUCUCCUAAGAGACAGUAAUAUUUAUGAAAACUACACGCAAAACUUGGAAGUGUUGAGAGAAAAGUUUCCAGUGAGAAACCCGAUCCUUCUAAUAAAAUGUAUCAUCACGUUUAUCUUCCUGGCCUUUUUGUUUUUCUUCCAUUCGACACCAUGGAUCAAUCUUUCACUGGGAUGGACUGCGCUGCUCGGAGUUAUACUACUUCUAAUCUUGGCGGAUCGUGCCGAUCUUGAGAGCAUAUUUGCAAGGGUCGAAUGGACGACGCUCAUCUUUUUCACUGCGCUUUUUAUACUGAUGGAGGCAUUGUCAAGACUCGGAUUGAUAGACUGGAUCGGAAGGCGUACGGAGAGUCUGAUACAGAGUGUCGACAAACCGUGGCAGCUCACGGUCGCCAUACUCCUCAUACUUUGGGUAUCCGCUUUGGCAUCGUCGUUCGUCGACAAUAUACCACUGACUACCAUGAUGGUGAGAAUCAUCACGUCUUUGAGCCAAAACGACCAGCUCGACCUUCCCCUCCAGCCACUUGUCUGGUCACUGGCCCUCGGAGCUUGUUUAGGAGGCAAUGGGACAUUAAUUGGCGCUUCUUCAAAUGUGGUCUGUGCAGGCGUAGCAGAACAGCAUGGUUAUAGGUUUUCAUUCAUGCAGUUCCUCAAGAUUGGAUUUCCAGUAAUGGUCGGAAGCGUGCUGGUGACAUCUGCUUAUCUCUUAAUUGUUCAUGUCGCACUCGGCUGGCAUUGAUUUAUUACUUGUGCCUAUUUUAUAAUGCUUUUAGUAAUAAAAAUUUAAAUUAUUGCAUUAUUAUU